AUGACCAGAUGGCCAUUGAGCAGAAGAUUAUUUCCUGUGCAUUGUAUUGAAUGUGUAAAAGCUAACGGUUCAAGUUCAAAUGUCCUCCGAUCUGUUUCGGUGGAAAGUAUAAGCCUCAAAACUGUACAAGAAACGACGAAGACAGCAGUAUUGAUGUUACAUCAUGGACAGCCAAGGACACCGUAUUAUGCCACGAAGCAUUUGGCUAAAGGCGCUCAUUAUUACUACAAGUUACCUCUCUGGCUUACUUCACGUCUGACACGAUUAUAUUGGCCAUUGGCGAAGAAAGUUAACUUUUGUGUUGACGAUUAUAAAUACAGCGAGAACCUCACGCAUCUUAUCAGUACAUAUUCGAGAAUACUACAAGAAUAUUUGAAUGAAUUAGUUCCGGAACAUCGAUCAUUCUACUGCACUCAUGCAUUUCUUUACGACGAACCAGCUAUCCCGAAAACUAUCAGUGAAUUGAUAAGGCAAGGUAUGCAACGGUUGAUUUUAUUACCACUUUAUCCACAUUAUUCAUGUUUUCAAACUGGAACAAUGUUAAAUAUUGCCGUUAAAGCUCUUGAUGAGCAAACAAAACCACUGUCAGAAGAUGGUAUAUACUUAAUGGAUUACAGAGUGAGAACUAUGUCCCAUGUAUCAUUUCGUUGUAGUACUAUUGACCGGUGGAGUAAUCAUCCAGUUGUUGUUAAUCGUGGUUAUAACUCUUCUGGCUACAUACGAGAAAUUUGGGCAACUUGUUAUCGCUUAAUGGAACAUCUGAAUGAAGCUGUGCCCUGGAAACUUGCAUGGUUUAGCGGCUGGGAUCAGUGGCCGGCAACAACACUGGAAAGUAUUAAUUUACAGUUAUAUUUCUUAAGAAGGGAGAAACGACAUCGUACUUUAGUUGUGCCUAUUGCAUCAAUAAUGCCUUCUUUCGAAAGUGAAACUCUACUACCAUAUAUUUUACAAAAUGAGGGUGUCGACUUACUUUCACCACCUGGAUUUUCACCGGUUUUAGCACAUGGCUUUGCAGAAUUAAUCAAGAAUCAUUUGAUGGGUCGUAGACCAUCAUCACAGCUGUCAUGUCGUUGCAAAUUCUGCUUCAGCUCACGACACCCCAAUAAAUGUAUUUGUGAUGCAUUACUGUGUGAUGACACAGAUCAGCAUUUAAAUUGGCUGAAUGCCAAAAGUCUUCAUACUGCAAAUCGAAGAGAACGUCUAGACGGCGGACGCCUGAUUGCGGCGUCUGUGGCAUGCGUGUGUAUAUGUGUGUCUGUGGGUGGGCGUGUAUCGAUCGGCGUGGGUGGAGGUGUCGUUUGGUGGCAGAGCCGUCUAUCCGUCUGUCUAUGGAGGUUGAAUCGUUCCCGUAUAUUGCUAAAGCCGUAUGAUCGGCACAGUCUUGAAAGCUGCUCAGCAGUUUCUUGUACUGGGAGCUGCAUAGCAGCACUAGCAACAGCGCUUUACUGUAGUGCUGUAGCGAAACGUUCUCGAGAAGCAAAAAGUGAAAUAAAGGAUCUGAACAUUUGCAAUUGCGACGAUUGUUUAACGACUAGUAUCGUUAGCAUGAAUUCUGCGACUUCAACGAAUGUCGGUUCUUCCGCCAUAUCACAUACAACUGAUACGGGAACCAAAAAGAAAGGUGGCAGUAAUAGCAAGGAUAGUGAUUCUGAAGGCGAAGGAGCUGAAGAGAGAUCUUCAACUUUGUUGAUUGUUGUUACUCUUGCAAAAAUGAUGGGCAAACUUUUGUGUAAUAUCUUAGAGGAAAGCCCAUGCAAAAGGUGGAGUAAGCGGCGUGAGCAAGUAAAACAGCGUAAUGUUCCUGGGAUUGAUUAUGCUUACUUGGCAAUGGACAAUGAAACAGGUAACGAAGUGGUGUGGAAUGAGGUGCUGUUCUCCGAACGCAAGAAUUUUCGUUCACAAGAAGAACAUAUAAAUGCAGUUUUUGACAAACUGACUCACCUCGUGCAUACAAAUCUUGUUAAAUUCCAUAAAUACUGGACAGAUUCGAAAUCUGACAAACCAAGGAUAAUAUUCAUAACAGAGUAUAUGUCAUCUGGUUCUUUGGCACGAUUCUUACAACGUACUCGCAAAUCUGGAGCUGCUUUAAAUUUGAAGGCCUGGAAAAAGUGGACCAUCCAAAUUCUCUCUGCUUUGAAUUAUUUACACUCAUGUGAUCCUGCAGUCGUUCACGCAAAUCUUACUUGCAACACAAUGUUCAUUCAGCAUAAUGGUUUGAUCAAGAUCGGUUGUGUCGCUCCGACUGCAAUUCAACAUCAUGUGAAGACGUUUCAAGAGAAUAUCAGAAAUAUGCAUUACAUUGCGCCUGAAUAUGAACAUUGUAAUGCUGUAGCUCCGCCAGCUGACAUCUAUUCCUUUGGAAUAUGUGCGCUAGAGGCAAGUUUAAUCUCGAAUAUGAGCUUAAGUAUUGGGCAGUGUAAGUUCUGA